UUAAAUUGCUCACAAUAGCUUACUGCUCUCUCUCUCUCUCUCUCUUUCUCCCUCUCUCUCUCUUUCUCCCUCUCUCUCUCUUUCUCCCUCCGAAUAAAACCGACGGUUUCCGCGAAUGUGCGAGCAUGCCUCCUUGCAAGCAGCCAUAAUUGGGAUUAUUCAGGAAUAAUUCUCCUAAUCGAGCCGCGUUGUUUUUCUUUUUCUUUUUUCAAAUCGUGAUUUCGACAGCGUUUGGCGACGUGACUCCCCUCGUGACAUCGCUGGAUGUGAUCAGAAAUGUACUUGUUCUGUCACGGAGGCUUUUUUAUUGUGGACUAUUAAGAUGUAGUCCACCUUCGCUGGACAGCAAAACAAAGACUGCAUAUUAACAGUUCAGGUGAAACAAAGCGACUGGGAUCCUUUUUUUGUUUUUGCCGUGAGAGAAGAACAUAUCCAAAAAAGAUGAAGGGAUGAAAGGUGGUGAGGUUGUGGACAAAGAGGAAAGAUGAGUCUGUCAUGUAGAAAAGAUCCUUACGGCCUCUCCUUGUAAAGACGAGAGCGCCGCGGGAGACGACGGCUGUAGGAGGAUCAGUAGUGUUUAUAAAAGGGCCCGAACCAGGCCGGCUCCAGUGGAAGGUGAUAGAAUGUCUAACCAGAGCUUUGCCAUCGAUGGCCCAGGCAGUUUGCUGGCUGUACUGGCUUCGCAGAGUGGAAUGGCAAGAAGCGGCAGCAGCAGCAGCGGCAGUGGCGGCGGCGGCGGCGGCAACAGUGGAGGAAUCUCUGCCACAGAUGUGUCUGCCUACUUUAAGCUGAUCUUCUUGGGUUUGAUCAUCUGUGUCAGCCUUGUAGGCAACCUCUUGGUCUCGCUGCUGGUCCUACGAGACAGGACACUUCAUAAGGCUCCCUACUUCUUUCUCCUGGACCUGUGCCUGGCCGAUGCGGUUCGCUCCGCCGCCUGCUUCCCCUUUGUGCUGGUUUCCGUCCACAACAGCUCGGCCUGGACUUACAGCGCCUUGAGUUGUAAAGUUGUGGCUUUUAUGGCUGUGCUGUUCUGUUUUCACGCUGCCUUCAUGCUGUUUUGUGUGGCCGUCACCCGCUACCUUGCCAUCGCCCACCACCGAUUCUACGCCAAGCGCAUGACCAUCUGGACCUGCGCCGCCAUCAUUUGCAUGGUGUGGACUCUGGCCGUGGCCAUGGCGUUCCCACCUGUCUUUGAUGUGGGGACAUACAAGUUCAUCCGUGAUGAGGAUCAGUGCAUUUUUGAACACCGCUACCUGAAGACAAACGACACCCUGGGCUUCAUGCUCAUGCUGGCUGUGGUGGUCCUGGCCACCCACGGUUUCUACGCCAAGCUGCUGCUGUUUGAGUACCGGCACCGCAAGAUGAAACCCGUCCAGCUAGUGCCAGCUAUCAGCCAGAACUGGACCUUCCACGGUCCUGGGGCCACAGGUCAAGCUGCUGCUAACUGGAUUGCAGGGUUCGGUCGUGGCCCCAUGCCACCCACUCUGUUGGGCAUCAGGCAAAACUUACACAAUCAACAUCGGCGGCUGCUCGGGAUGGAAGAGGUGAGGUCAGAGAGGAGGCUGGGCAGGAUGUUCUACACCAUCACCCUGCUCUUCCUGGUCCUCUGGGCUCCUUACAUCGUGUCGUGCUUCUGGAGGGUCUUCGUCAAGUCCUGCACCAUCCCUCACAGGUACCUUUCCAUCACAGUGUGGAUGAGCUUCGCCCAAGCCGGAGUCAACCCCAUCUUCUGUCUCCUGCUCAACGAGGACCUGAGGAAAGUGCUGAGAAAUCACCUGCCCAGCUACUGGAGGACUAAACAACACCUGCCCCAGGAUGAGGCCUACUGCAUUAUGUGAUAAGAUAUGAGCUUAAUAAUUAAGAGAAUGUUUCAAGUUUUAAAGGGAGAAUUUGGGGAGUAGAAGUGAUCUAAUGCAUCUUGGUUAAGUGUCUGUUUUGUUGUUUUGCACAACAAAAUAAAAUUGUUGCCGACAAAUGCAGGCACAGUGCCAUUUUAUUAAGAAUGUUGAUGUUUGAAUAAAUGUGUCAGGUGCAGAGGUUUGAACCUAGAAAAAGGCCUGGUGACACUUUAAUGGUUUGUAUUUCUGAUGAUGUACUGUAUGAUUAACUAAGUAGGAAAGAUCACAAGUAUCACUGCUCAAACUAAGUGUGACAGAUGCCAUUUUAAAAUAAUGUUGCCUUAUUUCAAUGGGACACGCCCCAGAGCUUUCAACUGAGAAUGAGAUUCUGUGUCACCUGAGGCCCACCACAAACACGCAGUGGGUUGAAAUCCUUGAAGAAAUUUGCUGCGGACUGUGAAUAGAACGUGUUCAUCAGAGCGUUACUAACUCUGAAACACAUCAAGGAACUCAAAGGGUCUGAAUGGAUUCAUAGACCACCCCGGACGCCUUUUCAUGUAAUUCAAAGGAGACUGCAGAAUAUUGAAUGGACUCAAUAACCUUGGAUACAUUUAAAUAGCUGUUGUGACCCCAAGAAGCCCCUAACAUGCUUGUUUUUUUGGACUUGAUUUAGGGCGUGUCAGGUUUCUUUGUAUCAUAAAAAAUGCCUGUUUUCCUUUAUUUGUAAACUAUACAUGUGAAGCAGAUGACACUAUUUUGAAAUAUGACUUGAUUUCAUAUUGUACAGACUGUACAGGAAUGUAUAUUCCUGCUUGUGUGUUUUUAUAUAGCAUUUGUGUGUAUGUGUGUGUGAGAGAGAGAGGAAGAGGUAGACGGAGAGGAGAGGAGGGAAGGAGAAAGAUGAGAGAAAUAAUGAUGAUAGAAUAGGUUCCAGUAAUAUUGAGUCAAUAUGAAAGCAGCCUCAUCUUGGUGUCUCAAAAUCAUGCAAAAUUGAACAGUAUACUUAUGGAAAUGUAUCCUUUAAGUGGAUUUCCGUAACUGAAAAUGUAGUAUUUUCUUUCAGUGUACAAGCAAAUGUGAAGUAGAGAUGGAUUAUGAAAAACGGGACAGAAUAAUUAGAAAACGACAGGCGAGAGAAUUGAAUGACUUGAAUGAUGAUGUAAAUUACGUCGUUUUAAAAAAUCAUCAGCAAAUGAUGAUUUUGGGACUGUUUUUAAAGUAUUGUUAUGUCUCUCACCAGAAUACAAAAAAAAGGGAAGAAAUGAAGUGGCACUUAAUGGGAAGAAAACUUGAAUGUUUCCAGGCCUUCUUAUAUCUAUACCCCCCCGAACAUCAAUGUCCCCAUCUGAGUGUCCUGUCCUGGAUCAAAACGCCUUCAGGCUGGACACGAGAUGUUUGGUGUGUGGUAACCGGCUUAAAGUAUAUGAAGUUUUCUCCAAAUUAAGACGAGAAUACAAAUGUCAGACCUACAGUAUGUUAGGCAUAUAUACUGUAUAUUUGUGCAGUCAAUUUUCUAAAUGUGGACACUUGCACUGCAUACUGUAUUUGCAUGCAUUCCACUGCAUUUCAUAGAUUCAAGACUGGGGAUUACAACUUGUACAGAUGUUGAUAUGGAAAGACGAAGUCAAGCGGGAACUGAGGUCCAUCAUUUUUACGUCUGGCAUUCCUUCGCGAGAUGAUAUUCUGUAACUGUACAGUUUAACUGAGGUGGUUCUUUUGCCCACUCAUCAAUAAAGACUCUACUUUUGAUGCA